ACUGCCAAAUCUCUCAUGAUGAAACUGGAGCCCAUCCACUGCCUACGUCAUUUUUGUUUGCUGGAAACCUUCGCAGACGGCUGGCCCAAGCUCCAACUGAGGAAGCGGAACCGCGGCUCCAAAGGCUGCUUGCCAUGCUUGGCUACGGUCCGCAUCUGGUUAGCGCCUUCUUAAUCUUCUUAAUUGAGGCAUGGGUGUUUACUUCUGAAUCUACACGUGUGAAGAACUGUCUUCCAUCGUAUGCCAGAUGAGGCUGCUGUCCUACACGUAGCUACCAGUCACAUUCGCGGCUGUGGACACUCAUUUAAACGGGGGCUUUCCGUUGUACAAUUCGUCAACCGCUAUUCCAUUCGUCUCCGAUGCUCCACCCGAAGCGGGCGGUAUCCGCCUUACUCGGCGUUAUCAUACUCAUCUCCAUUGUUUCUUUCUCAUCAAAUCCCGUGAACUCAAGAUUGAACCCGUCUUAUUGGAUCCCCAUGUCGCUAUCACCACCUCGCCAGGAACAGAAGCCGCUCACAACACACAUCGUGCUCUUCCAGUUCAAACCGAGUGCUAGCCACACUGCCAUCAAGGAGGUCACUGCCAAAUUUCUUGGGUUGAAGAAAGCCUGUCGACAUCCGGCCACUAAGGCGCCGUACAUUGUAUCCGUCACAGGCGGAAGAGAUAAUUCGAAGGAAAACCUACAGAAUGGCUUCACGCACGCCUUCAUCAUGCAAUUCUACUCCGACGAGGACAGGGACUACUACGUUGACCACGAUCCCGUGCACCAAGAGUUCAAGGACUCCCUCAAAGGAGUCUUGGAGAAGGCGCAAGUCAUUGAUUUCCAGAACGGUGUUUUCACUUGAGCGAGUGAUCAUGAGAGCGCUACCAAGCGGAUAUUGUAUUCUUUUGGGCCAUUCGUGUACACAGUAGUUAGCAAGAUACCCAGAUAUUGUUGUUUGAAAUUUGCAUCGAGAAUCUCCAUA